GGUCCGCUAAACAUAAUCCGAGACUAUUUUUUUCCGUAGCAUCAACGAAAAUAGUUUACAUUAAAAUCUCAUGCCAACUCUACAGUCUACAGUGUCUACGCACAUAGACAUUCACACAUUCACACAUUCACACACACACACACACACACACACACAUACCGCCGACGGUGGCCAAUAAUAUAAUUGUCACUAUAAUAUUUAUAGUAAACCGCCGUCGUAGUCGGACACUGGUAGCGUAGUAGUCUCACCAUACAGCGGCACUACAGUGUCCGCACGCUUCGUUAAAAAAAAUACGUAUGUACCUAGUAAAUAUAAUCGUUUUUAAACACUUGUCGAACACGAGUCUAUUUUGAUCGAGAAUUUUCACGUUACGGACUUCUAUUCCGUAGUGCUUAGAUUUAAUUACAAAGUGUCGUAAAAACGUAAUGGUGCGCUCUCAUUGAUUAUGUUGGACAGGGGUCAAGGAAAGGAAUAAACAGUGCACUGACAGCAUGUUAAUACCUCAUGCAUUUAUUGUUGUUAACACUUAGUUUAAUCGAAAUUUAACGGGUCAUAUGGAGGCAAUGCCCGGUACCAUAUCAUUGGCGUACAACCGUCGGCGCAUCGACGGCGGCGGUACGAUAGGAGUCGGCGCAGGAGGAGCAGGACGACUUCCAUGCCGUUAUUACGCAACGGAAAGGAGGCGACACAGGUAUUCGUCAUUUUCCAUAAUGAAAUGGUUCCGGCGGAGCAAGCAUUACGACGACGGCGACGACGAUGACGAUUCGGCCUGGUUCCGGGACGACCUGCAGCGCAUACGGCAAGCGUACGCGAAACAGGAAGCGGACUACGCAGCAAUUACCCCGGUUGCAGCACGGCGCAGGCCGAUGGCCGCCGCCACAUGGUCCAGAUGGUCCGGUAGUACGACGACUGUGUACAGUUUCGCGUAUGUAGACGGAGCGGCACGCGACGAUGACGAGAAGGACAGACAUCUUGCAGAUGACGACGAUGUGGUCGAGUACAUUGACGCGGCCACACUGCCGGUGGCGCAUCGGCGACGGACCGACCUUGGUCAGCGGCACUCGCCGUCCACCACGGCCGGGACAAGUGCCCGUACUAGCGGGUCCGUGAAGAUUGGGACGAUGACGGGGGCCACGACGACCACCAGGCGAAGAAACAAGAAGGCCGCUCCCCCUCCGCCGGUGCUAACGGUUGAACCUCCAACUGCGACCGUCCUUGUAGGGGCGGCAAAUACUACGACUGUACAGCGACGCGUGGCCGGUACGAUUUCCAGGAAAAAGUAUAGAGCGCCUCAGCCGCCGGUGGACGUGUCGGAACCGCGGCCGCUGCAGCAGCAACGCGGGCCCUGCCGUCGAACAGCACCGGUGCAACGCCGCAGAAAGGGUCCGGCGCCUAAGCCGCCUGUCGUGCAGCAACUGCAGCCGCAGCCAGUCAUCACCAGUACUGCCGCCGCCACCGCAGGUGUCAAGCCAGAAGCCGGUUCAAACGUCAAGCGAAAAAUCUCGCAGUACGAGAGGGACCGACUCAUGCAGCGGGUAGACAAGAUCGAAAAGCAUUUUUUGGAUAAGACGGGGACGGCUCCAAAGGCGCAAACGACGGCGGCCACUCUUCGCCACGGGUUCGCGUCCCCGGCAGCGCUGUACACGGCCAUGGCUGCCACAAACCUGACUGAAUUGGACAAGCGAGCGGCCGACAUAUGUCGGCAGAGGAACCACCGUGGGAUUGGCGUACCGCUGACAGCUGACUACAAGAACGCUAUUGUCACAGCUGUUAUUCGGAAAUCUUAUCCGACAACGACGGUGGCGGCAGCCAACGACGGUAAACGAUCAGACAAAGUGCCUGCGCCGUCUGCAAUGGACGACGAAAUGCGGCUCGUCCGACACAAGCGUUUAGAAUUUUUCCAACAACAGCGGCCGACAGGAAAGGCGGACAAGCGGGAAAUCGUCGCCGGUGACAACGGGUCGGCGAGUGGCAUGACCACUUUCCCGAAACUAUUUUUGCAGGGAACGCAGACAGAGUUGAAGUCCGCCGCUGCCGUAACCGUCGAGGCCAAAACGUCUAAAGUCGAUGUGACACCUGCGGCUGACACGGUCGUCCAAAGUGGUGGCAAUGAGUGUUCAUCUGCUGCAGACACUAAAAAUUUGCCAUCUGAAGAUAAAGAUAAUAAUUGUUAUCAGCAAUUAAUGGACAUGGAAAUGCAAAGUGACCUAGUACUUCAUAACGGUCCCUUUGAGUGCGCUGUGUGUUUAUGUACAUAUGAUAAUAAUGGCGUUGUGUUACGUGAUUGCUUGCAUGUAUUUUGUAGGCUUUGUCUGAAAAUGACGAUCGAUCAUUCGAAAGCCGAACAAGUUAAAUGUCCGUAUAUAGACGAGCGGUAUUCUUGUGCGGGGGUUUUGCAACACCGUGAAAUAAAAAAGAUAUUGGAUUCGGACGAGGAGUAUGAACGAUUUUUGCAAAGGUCAGUGGAACGAGCCAGACAAUUAUUGGCGAAAGAGCAAAAUGGCGGAUCUUUUCAGUGCAGACGUCCUGACUGUACUGGUUGGUGUUUGAUCUACGAUAAGAAUGAUGUCUUGGAAUUUAAGUGCCCCGUUUGUGGGACAGUAACGUGUGUUCGGUGUGGGUCAAUUCAUGCACAAGGAAAAGGAUGUAAAAAGUUCAUGGAAAAAAAUGACUGCGAUGGCACACUGGAGAAUCUUAUAGAACGAGGAGAUGCUAUGCCAUGUCCAGGAUGUAGUACAAUUCUAUCAAAGCAGCAGGGUUGUGAUUGGAUUAAAUGUGCCGUAUGUUUCAUGGAGAUAUGCUGGGCAACUAAAGGUCCAAGAUGGGGACCUAAAGGAAAAGGAGAUACUACAGCAGGAUGUAUGUGUGGCAUACCAGCCGGAAGAAAAUGUCACAUUGACUGUAAAUAUUGCCAUUAGGCAUUCGAUGGAUUUAGGUACAAUGUUAAAAGUACUUGAAAAGUUCGUUUAAAAAGUUUUAAGCUCACCUCAUAAAAAAGGAGCUUCGUGCUGUUCCCUUUUAGGCCAGUAGAAAUUAACCUAUAUUUUUCUUAUUUUAUAUCUAAUUUUUUUUUCGAAAUAUAUAAAUUAAAUAUUAAAAACGAUUUUUAUUUCUUCUAAUUUUUAAGUUUUUCAUGGAAAUUGUUUAUGUUAAAUCCGUGUGUCUGUGUAGUAGAUGGUAGAUAGUAGGUAAAUGUUAUAUUUUCAAUGCAAUAAUCAAUGAUAUUUAAGAAUGCAAUAUUAUUUUUUUUUAAGUAAAUAAAUUUAACAAGUAAUAAAUAAUUCUAUUAGUGCUUAUAUAGUUCUGUAUUUUCUUUAUUUAAGUAAAACAAUAUUAUUAUGUUAUCAUUUACCGGAUAGUAAUGUGCCAAUUUCAAUAACUAUUGUACCGAAAAUAUGUAUUGUUGUUGAAAUAAUUAAACAGAAGAAUGUUUAAAUAUGUUUAAUGUUUAUUCGAAAAUCGUUAUAUGUGUUUUGCAACAGAAAUGUAUACAUAAACAUAUAAUAGUGAAGUGACGUUGCUAACCUUUAUGCGUGUUCUGUUAUUGUUAUCCCGCUCGAUGCUCAAUGCAAUUAGUCAAGUCAAUGGUACCUACAGAGCUACGACGAGGUAGACCUCACGACUAUAAUAAAUAAAUGAUAGUGGUGGUUCUAAUCGGACGAUUAAUGAAAUGAAGAUAUAUAAUAUGUAAAAUUGUAAUAGUGUUGUUUAAUGUAUAAUAAGACUUUCCUAUGGCGGCUACAAUGACAAUAAAAAAUAUGACAUAAUAAUAAAUUCCUAUGGUGGCUAUAAUGACAAUAUGAUAAAGAUACUAAUCGAGAAGGUUCGUUACCCCCAUAACCAGCUGUAUGCCAGGAACAUGGUGAUCAUACACCCACGUUACCGCACCGAACUCUGGUUUUGUAAUGGAAAUUAAAAACAGGGUGAGCCCGAGCACGUAUAACUAAUGUUCUGGCACCUGAAGACGAAUGCGGAAUAAUUCACAAACAACAAACAGUCUGCUGCAGCGUUCAUCAGAUGGCUGCAAAAUGAUCUGUUGAAUGUUGAGAAAACAAACUUUAAACGAAAACUAACAAAUAUCCAACGUUACGAAUUUAUGAAUUCGAACCACGAGGUUUCUACUAAUAGGAAAAUAUUUCACCGAUGACUCAUGACAAAAUAUAUAGGUAUGUCAACAACUUUGUGAUACGCACGAGAUCUUUCACCUCUCUUCUACCCGUCAUAAUCACAGUAAACUGACUUCAUGGCUAUUUUCAGUGUUGGAAUUUUCUGUGAAAAAUGCAUCAGAAUGUUUUCCGAGACAGUGGCGUAUUUAGUAUUUUUUGUAGGGGGUGGAUGACAAGAAUUUUAGCUUACAGAUUACAAUUUCAU